AUGAUCAUCCCUCUUUAUAUCCUCCUCCUAUUCCUCCCUCUAACAUCGUCGUCCCAAUUGUCUGUUGCAUGGCCCUUCAACAGCCAACUCCCCUUUGUCGCUAGAUGUGACUCCCAAUACUCAUUCUCCUUGGCCUCCUCAACUUUCAACAACUCUUCCUCCUCCCCUGUAGAAUACUCCCUCAAAGAUAACCCCCAAUGGCUCUCCAUCUCCUCCUCCGAAGGUAUUCUCUCCGGUACCCCCGACUCGUCCUCGUCCCAAAUCAUCCAAUUCGACAUCCUCGCCAACAACUCACAGUCAGAACAUGCCUCUCUACAACUAUCCAUCAACCCCCCUCCUCAAUUAGUCUCCUCAGACUCCAUCAUCUCCCAACUAUCCCACUUCGGCUACACAAACGGCAAUAACGCCAUCAUCAUCGCCCCAGGCUCCCAAUUCUCAUUCUCGUUCGCUAAACUGCAAACUUUCCAGAAAAACCCUUCCAACGGUAAUGACAUCGUCGCCUACUACGGUCUCUCCGCUAACCGUACCUCAUUACCCCCAUGGAUCGAAUUCUCCACCUCCGACAAUAAUUUGACAUUCUCCGGUACCGCCCCUACCAUCAACUCAAAUAUCGCCCCGUCGAUCGAAUAUUCGUUUGACUUGAUCGCCUCAGACUACCCUGGGUAUUCCGGGGUCAUUGCCAAUUUCGCAAUCUUGGUCGGCGCUCACCAAUUGUCAACCACCUCCAUCUCCCCAGUCCAGCUUGAAAUUUCCCCAGAUCAUAGCGAUUUCAACAUUUCUUUGCCUCUAGAUUCAAUCCUCCUCGACAACCAACCCAUUUUCCGCGAAAACAUAUCCCAAAUUCUUCUCGGUGAUACCGCCCCAUCUUGGGUUCAAGUCAACCCCUCAAAUGCCGCACUUUAUGGCGAUAUCCCUUCAAACACCGUCGUGGAAACCCCUUCAAACUUUACCGUGACCGUUUAUGAUACCUACCAGGACUCUGUGUCUCUUACGGUGCAAAUCGUUUCUAACCUGUCCACCACAAAUACCACAAACACCACUACAACCAGCAAUAAUAAUAAUAAUAAUAAUAAUAAUACCACCACCACCAACACCACCUCAUCUACUUCAAUUUCAACUACAUCUCUGUCCAGUACAAACAUUUUCCAAUCAUCGAAUGUCCCCUCCGUAGUCGAUGCCACAAGGGGAAAAUGGUUUCAAUAUGCUUUGCCAUCGUCAAUGUUUGUCGACCCAACCUCAACCAACAUCACCGCCAUCUUCACCAGUGAUUGGUUAAUAUACCACAGCUCCAACUGGUCGUUCACCGGCCAAGCGCCAACUGGAAAGAAUUUCCUGGAUAUCAAUAUCACUUUGAAUGGCUACCACUCCACAGUGUCUCGUAGCGUCAUUAUCAAGCGUGACCUCGACCAGGUAUCAUUUACAAUCCACGGAAUCUCUCAUUCUGCAAUGUCCAAUCACACAAAGUUGGCAAUUAUUUUAGCCACGGUCAUUCCUAGCUGCUUGCUUCUUAUUGUUCUUCUCAUCGUCUUCCUCACUCGUCGCAACAGAAAUGACAACUCUCAAAAUGAUAUUGAAACACAAUCCGUCAACUCAACUUCAUCAGUCACUAAAGAAAAGCACUUUGAUCAAAGCUUCACCACCGAUGACCAAGAUCUAACUGUCGCCAAAACUAUAAGUAACCAUUCUCUUAAUGAUGGCCUGGAAUGCAACGAGACUUCGAAAAUCGAACAAUUCAAUAACAGUCUACUCUUAGGAUACUCACAACAAAUGGAAGAUCUGUCGUCCCACGCUGAUGCCGGUAAUUGGCAAAUAGUCCGUGACUCUUCUUCUCUCACAAACAACUCAUCAGCCAACAACAACAACAACAACAACAACAACAACAAUCAUUCCCCAAUAACUCAAAAAUCGAGAAUAGACCAUCUUUCUAAAGUGGCUAGCAAUAUCAUCAACAGCGCCGAGAGAAAUGCCAACCAUAGCGACGCCGGUUCUGUUGCAUCUUCUACUACUGCUACAGAUAUUGCCACUGCGCACGAAUUCACCGAGAAAUUCGAUGAUGAUUACUACUCUGAAAAGGGACAAAAUAUUCCUGACUCUCGCGAUACUACGGGAACUGCCGGGGCCGACUCAAUAUCUCACGGUGCCAGUAGCAUGGAAUCUCAAGGUGAUCGAUUUGUGGAUACUGUCGAGUACCAACAACCAGAAAUGCUUUCUACUGACAAUUUGCUUGAUUUCCCUAGUGAGUUGUCGUCCAAUGAUUUGGGUGCUGAUAAUAAUGGCAGCCGAGUACCAAAAUCCAAUGGGUUUAAUGCGGUUAAUGGUCGAGUGAAAAGUUUCUUUACUGACUCCCAAAAAUCCACUGAGAAUGCCGGUAGUGGUAAUUCCAAGCCUCAUGAUACCGCAGGGAUCCCCCGUAAAUCCUGGAGACACGUCGUUGACUCCACCAGACUGAGAUUUACUGGGUCUCGACGUCAAGAAAGUAUCAAUUCUUUAGCCACCGUUGCUACUGAUGAAUUGUUCUCAGUUCGUCUUGUUGAUGACACCCGCCAAUCAUUGGCUAUGAAUGACGCCGCCAUAGGGGGAUUGAACCGUCGGGAUAGUGGCAACAUUAAAAAGUUGGAUUCUGAAGGGAACAUUGUCAAUAAUGCUGCUUCAGUCUUCAACUGCCGUGAUUCUUAUUCAUCAGACACCAGUUCAAAUUAUCAGGAAAGUAGUAUCAGCAGCCCGGACCAACAAGCUAGAAUGUCUAAUCUUGAUGUACUUGCCGAAGAAGAAACUCAUAGCGAUGCGUUGAAUCUAAGUGCGGAAGUGGGCCGAAACGCUAAUGACUCUGGACUUAGUGGGGUUUCUGGGUAUUCAACCGCUGGUAAUAACGUUGCAAAGACCAUGCUACUGUACUACUCAGAAGCCGCCAGAGCCCAAAAAGCCAGUCAUUCUAGAAAACGUAAUCUUAGUCAAACGUAUUCAUCUUCGCUGAACCUGCAUUCGAAAGGUGGACUGAAAUCGUAUAGUUCUGGUUCCAGCAAACACAACCCUGAAGACUCGUUCACAUUUGAUGCUGGGAACCCAUUGCCAGUUAUUUAUUCACCAGAUCUUGCUAAUCAUGAUGACUCUAAUUUUGGAAUUCCAAAAAGAAACCCAAGUCGUACCAUGAACUCUUCCACUGCUGCCGCCGCUAGAAAGCGUCAUUUAAGCGAGGUUUCCAGUAGUACCGGGACCUCAAAUUCUGAGUUCAAUUCAUCAUCUUAUUCCUCUUCCGAUGAUCCUGGAGCCCUGAUUUCUGCCACUUCCCCACCAUUAUAUCCAACUAACCAAAUGAAUCCUCAAAACAACACAAUCCGCCAUCCGAAUUUGAGUAUUAACUCAGAAGACCUUAAUCUUUCUAUUCCUGCGUUAUCUCCUGGUCUGGAAAAUACUGAAGACGAAGUGAUGGUUUUUGGAUUGAGGAAUCUUCGUAAUAACCCGGGGUCACCCGAACCAAUGCUCGUGGAAUUUUGUGGUGAGCAACAGGUAUCACAUCAUAAGAGGUCCAGAAGCAGUAUGAAUGGGAAGAGAGAUAAAAGUGGAAGUGUGGAGUAUGGUAAUACUGAAGAUUAUUGA